AUGAAAACAUACUGCGACUUUGAAAACGCAAGAAAGAUAAGUAAGGAGUACCGCACGGGCGUUUAUCUUCGUUCUCUUGUACAAAGAUUUUCUGUACCUGACUCCAAAGUGUCUUGGAAUACUGAGUAUGAAGAAUAUGAUCCGCCAUCGUAUACUGAUCCAAAGUUAAAUGGAAAGCCUUAUGCUGACCCAGAGAUAGGCAUGUCUAAUUUUACACCCAAGUGGAACAAUAUUGAUGGCUACAUUAACAGGAUAAGUUACACUAGUCAAUAUGAGAUAGUGAACAAUUUCCCUCGUAAUCCUAUUGGACGCACGGGACUGCAAGGUAGAGGUGUUUUAGGGAGAUGGGGUCCCAAUCAUGCAGCAGAUUGUAUUGUAACAAGAUGGAAGAAAAUUGACAACAGCUCUUAUAGCAAUGAAAAGUCACUAUUACAGUUUGUAGCAAUCAAACGUAGCGAUACUGGCGAAUGGGCGUUACCAGGAGGUAUGGUUGAUCCAGGUGAGACGUUUUCCGCGGCUGCUUUCAGGGAAUUUGUAGAAGAAUCAUUGAAUUACUUUAAAAUCUCAAAAAAUGAAAGAGAGAAUUGGCUGAGUAAGUUGAAAGACUUCUUUAGUGCUGGGAUUCAAAUAUACUCUGGAUAUAUUGAUAGCCCUAGAAAUACCGACAAUGCAUGGAUAGAAAGUACGGCAUUCAAUUUUCAUGAUGAAACUGGCUUUACUACUGAGGCUCUCCAACUCCAAGCUGGUGAUGAUGCUGCAGGGGCUAAGUGGAUGGAUGUUACACCAGAAUUAAAUUUGUAUCCAGCUCACAAAGACUUUGUUAAUGCAGUUUUAUCUCUUCGCCUACAAUAA